AUUUAUUAAUGAUUUAAAGAAUAUCAAAGUAGAUAUUGAGAAUGCCUUAAUUGUACUUGUCAACAAGAAUGAUAGCAUCAUUUUCUUAGCAUAAUCAUAAUCAUUCUCAUGAUCAUAAUCAUAAUCAUGAUAAUAAUAAUUCUCAUCCAGAUUUCUAACCAUAAUAGAAGACACAACCAUAAUACACUUAAGAAUAGAUUUAAUAAAAACACAAAGAAAUUGAUAAUGUAAAUUCAUUUAAAUUAUUCUAAGAUUAUUAAAUCAAACCAAGUUGUAUUAUUUAUGAAAGGAACACCUAGCUAACCUAUGUGUGGUUAUUCAAAUUAUGCUGUUUAGGUUCUUUAAUUUUAUAAAGUUUAAAAUUAUCAUUCUGUUGAUGUGCUUUCAGAUCCUUUGAUGAGAGAAGAAAUCAAGAAAUAUUCAAACUGGCCUACUUUUCCAUAAUUAGUAUAAUUUAAUAUAAUAAAUAAGUAUGUAAAAUAAGAAUUAGUCGGUGGAUGUGACAUUAUGAUGGAAAUGCACAAAGAAGGAACAUUAAAAGAAUUAUUUAAUAAAAUAUGAU